UUAUUUUCUCCAUUUUCUAGCUGGCCUGUCCAAACCCUGUGUCCGUGUGAACUGACACUGUGACAGCAACAAAACUAGGACUUAGAAACCUAGGGUGAAAGAUGACUGUGAUCAGUGUAGUGGAUCAAAUUUUGACAGGGACAGUGGCAGUUUUACAUGCCAGGCAACUUGGUCAGACAUCUGCAAAGGUUGGAGCUUUGAGGAGAAAGCACAAAAUAGCUCCACCACGGACAGACGGUCCUGAUGAGUUUAUACGAGCGUUAAGAGCACAACAAAACAGUCUUGAGUUUGGAGUGACCUUCGAAAUAGUGUUGUGGUUAGCCGGGAUAUUUGGACACCAAGUUCCGGCAUCAAUAUUUGGUGCAAUGUAUAUCUAUUCCCGGGAACAAUACAUCAACGGAUAUAUAGAAGAUGCUGAAAAGCGAAUUAAACCAUUCUGGAUGGGUAUCUGGGCUUUGAAGGGUCUUAUUGCAGCAGUAGCAAUACUGGGUCUUACCAAUACAGCACUUACCCACUAUGCCGGAAUUAACCUUCCCAACAUGCUGAAAGAGAAGCUCUUCUAGACAAACAGCAAUACUUUCACAUCAUUUAUAUUUGUCUAUAGAAACAAAACUUUUUUUUUUUACAUUUGUAUAUAAACAAAACAUUUAUUAACAUUUGUACAUCAAUGAUACAUUUUUCAACAAUACAUAUAUUUAUAUUUGUGUAUUACAAAGCAUUUUAUUAUAAUGCAGAUUGUUAGUGAAUGUUUUAAACAUUAUUUGAUAAGCAAUUAUUAUAUUAAAGCUUUUUUUAGCUCACUUGUCACAAAGUGACAAGGUGAGCUUUUGUGAUCGGGCAGUGUCGUCGUCCGUCGUCCGUCCGUGCGUCCGUAAACUUUUCCUUGUGACAUCUCUAGAGGUCACAUUUUUCAUGGGAUCUUUAUGAAAAUGGGUCAGAAUGUUCAUCUUGGUAAAUUCUAGGUCAAGUUUGAAACUGGGUCACGUGCCAUCUAAAACUAGGUCAGUAGGUCUAAAAAUAGAAAAACCUUGUGACCUCUCUAGAGGCCAUAAUUUUCAAUGGAUCUUCAUGAAAAUUGGUCAGAAUGUUCACCUUGAUGAUAUCUAGGUCAAGUUCGAAACUGGGUCACAUGCGGUUCAAAACUAGGUCAGUAGGUCUAAAAAUAGAAAAACCUUGUGACCUCUCUAGAGGCCAUAUAUUUCAUAAAAUCUUCAUGAAAAUUGGUCAGAAUGUUCACCUUGAUGAUAUCUAGGUCAAGUUCGAAACUGGGUCAUGUGCGUUCAAAAACUAGGUCAGUAGGUCUAAAAAUAGAAAAACAUUGUGACCUUUCUAGAGGCCAUAUAUUUCACAAGAUCUUCAUGAAAAUUGGUCAGAACGUUCACCUUGAUGAUAUCUAGGUCAAGUUCGAAACUGGGUCACGUGCCGUCAAAAACUAGGUCAGUAGGUCAAAUAAUAGAAAAACCUUGUGACCUCCCUAAAGGCUAUAUUUUUCAUGGGAUCUGUAUGAAAGUUGGUCUGAAUGUUCAUCUUGAUGAUAUCUAGGUCAAGUUUGAAACUGAGUCACGUGCGUUAAAAAACUAGGUCAGUAGGUCUAAAAAUAGAAAAACCUUGUGACCUUUCUAGAGGCCAUACAUUUCAUGCAAUCUUCAUGAAAAUUGGUCAGAAUGUUCACCUUGAUGAUAUGUAGGUCAAGUUCGAAACUGGGUCACGUGCCAUCAAAAACUAGGUCAGUAGGUCAAAUAAUAGAAAAACCUUGUGACCUAUCUAGAGGCCAUAUUUUCCAUGGGACCUGUAUGAAAGUUGGUCUGAAUGUUCAUCUUGAUGAUAUAUAGGUCAAGUUCGAAAGUGGGUCACGUGCCAUCAAAAGCUAGGUCAGUAGGUCAAAUAAUAGAAAAACCUUGUGACCUCUCUGAAGGCCAUAUUUUUAGCUCGACUAUUCAAAGAAUAGUCUAGCUAUUCUACUCACCCUGGCGUCGGCGUCGGCGUCACACCUUGGUUAAGUUUUUGCAUGCAAGUGCAUACAGCCAUCAAUUAAAGGCAUAAAGCUUUGAAACUUAUUUUUUCUGUUUCUAGGUCAAUUACCAACCUCUCUGGGUCAAGUCCCAUAACUCUGACAUGUAUUUUGAGCAAAUUAUGCCCCCUUUUGGACUUAGAAAAUUUUGGUUAAAGUUUUACAUGCAAGUUGCUAUCUCCAAAACUAAUAGUAUACCAAUUAUUUUCAUAUAUGUGGCUGGAAAACACCCACGUAGGCAUUUCGUGAAGAUGAAAGUUUUAUGUGUUAUAUGUGAAGUAUAUGAUAUAAGUAGUUCAUUGAUGCCGGUAGUCACAAUUCUAAGGUCAAAUUAAGGUCAAGAAAUUAGGUCAAAGGUCAUUAAGUGCAGUGUUUACUAAUUUCACUUAUAUGGCAUCAUAUCUUCGCCAUUUUGAUGAAAUAAGUGAGCAAAAUUGGUAUUUGAUUGAAGCCGAUGUAUUUAACUAUGAAAUAAAAUCACUUUAUGCAAAUUAGCUCAUUUGCAUAUUAACUAAUAUUAAUGAAAGCGACAAACUCAUACAAAAUUACGAUAAAAAUUGGCAUGUAUGUACAGCUGUACAAUAUUUAUUGUUUUAUAUAUAAUUUUCAUGAUUUUAUAAACAGAAAGGUAACAAAUGAUAUGUGGGAUACUCAUUUAAUAAACGCAACUGUAUAUCACCAUCAUAUGUGUUUUAUGUGUAGAUACUGCUAGAAGUUGGUGGGUUGAGCUGACUUCUGACCAACAGUUAUCUGAAGAAAGAAUAAUUCUGUAGUUGUUUUCACAAAAGCAAGGCAAUUCUUUUACAUUAGGUACAUAUCUGCCAGUUAUUUCAAACUGUGAACCUAUGUCACACAGCCAAUAUGGCUGCCAUUUUUUUCAAAAUAGCUACCAAAACAACCACCAAAGUAUGCAUAUAUAUGAGCGUUUACAGAAGUUUUAAUGUAAUUUAUAGCAAUAUUAAGAUUGAUAAAUACAAUUGAUAAUAAGACCAUAUGCCAUGUAGGCAACCUCAGAUAACUAAAAUGGCGCUCAUUUUUCAAAAUGGCUGCCAAAUGUCAAUAUGUUAAGGUUUCUUUGCAUACAUUAUAGAGUUUACAUAGUUGUUUUAUGUAGUUUAGCAUAGUAUUGUGAUUGAAAAACAUUACUAUUUUAAAUCAGGUUGACACCAUCUCAGACAACCAAUAAGACAGCCACUUUUCACAAUGGCCGUCAAGAAGUCAGUAUGUUCAGUUUUUCCAAUAUACUGGAAAAUGUUUACAGACAGAAUAGCCUAAAUUGGUAUCAAUAGUAUACUUGGUAUAAUAACGACUUGGCACUAAAUGUAUCUAGUGGUAAAGAGAAGGCAAACAUGUAUAUCUUUGGCAUAUCGGCAGGCAAACUUGGCUUUUCAUACAUGCCACUAUGGAUAUUCUUAGGAUACAGACAGGCAAACUGUGUAUAAGUGAUAUAUAGUCAGGUCAUUUUUGGUAUCAUUUGUUUACAGACACGCUAUCCGAGCCUAAUAUUGAUGCCGCUAUCGGUCAUGUACAGGUCAUGUGUAUACAGAAAGGCCCUUUCUCGGUAUGCAUAUCCUGUGCAUACAGACAGGUCAUAUUGGCUACACAUGUAUACAUACUGACAAAUACUGGUAUACUGAAUACACAGACAGGCAAUUCUGGGUAUUCUGGACAUACAGAAGGGCCAACCGAGUUUCCUUGCAACUCAUGAUAUUCUGGGUAUACAGGCAAGGCAUUCUGGCUUUACUGUUGUAUAUAAAGGCUACUAAGGGUAUCUUUGAUUUACAUACACACCAUUCUGGGUAUCUUGGGUAUAUAGAAAUGCCAUCACGGCUAUACAUUCAGGUCAGUUUGGAUGGCAUUGGUAUACAGACAGGUUACCUAUGUAUCCACGGUAUAUAGCCAUGCCACUCUGUGUGGCCUGGAUAUACAAACAUGUCAUCGUGGCCAUAUAUACUGGCCAUUACGGAUAUCCCGGUUUUACAUAAUAAGCCUUUCUGGGUAAAAAACUGGGUAUACAGACAGACCAUCGUUGCUAUACACUAGGCCAGUAUAUGCGUUGAGUAUGCUCGGUAUAUAGACAGGUCACCUGAGUGCUUCCUAGGUGGGCCACCUUGAGUAUCCUGGGUAUACAAACAGACCAUCCUGACCGUUUACUUAAUGUCACCACUAUGAAUAUCCUGGGUAUAAAUACAUGCCACCGGUGUACUGUGUACCCUAGGUAUAAAGGCAGUUCUAUCUGGGUAUCCUUGGUAUACUGUCAGGUCUUCUUGGCUAUAAAUACAGGCCACUAUUGGAUCCUGGGUACCGCUAUUUGUAAACUUGCUAUACAUAAAGACCACUCUGGGUAUACUGGGUAUAUAUAGGUCUUCCUGGUUAUAUAAACAGAAAACUAUGGGUAUCUUAGGUGUACAAACACCUCUCGUGGUUUCCAUUGUAUACAUACAGGCUAUCUGGGCUAUAUAUGUAUGCCAAUACGGAUAUCCUUGAUAUACAGAAAGACUGGCAAUGUAUCCAAGGUAGACAGGUCACUCUGGGUAAUAUGGAUAUACAUACAGGUCAGGGUAUCGAUACAUACAGAUACAUUUUGAGUGGCCGUGGCAUAAAAAGAGGCAACUAUCGGUACCUUAGGUAUAGAUGCAGGACAUUUUAGCUAUCUUGGUUAUACAGACUGACAGCAUGUGUAUCCUGUGAAUACAGACAGACCAUCAUAGCUAUACAUAUAUGCCAGUUAUAUACAUACUAAGUACGCUUCACAACUCUGCAUCGAUCGCGUAAAAUAAUGGAUCUAAGUUUGCAUGCAUACAAAGGAUAUUACGGGUGACAUGUAUGACUGUAUUCCUAUAAUACCUAAAGAAACAUGUCAUAUACUAAUGUGGAUUGCAAGACGAAAUGUGGCAGUUCAAUGUGCAAAUGCUACCGAUCCAACCAGGUUUGCAUGUUUGAAUGUGCAUGCGAGGCUAUUUACAUACCAACUGUAGAAAUGUACAAGGCAACAAGUACAAUAAAGUUAUGGCAUUUUUAUAACAAUGUCCUCUGGUAUUGUGUAUAGAGAAAAGACUAGGAGCAAGAUUGAACUGUGUAAACUAUGUUGUGCAGUAUUUGUAUAAGUGUUAAAUACUAAUUAUAUAUAUUCUUAAUGCAUGGAAUAUUUACAAGCUUUACUUGGACAUUUAUAAAACUGAUAAAAUUCUUAUCAAUGGUUACAGAUAUAUGUGUACUAAAUGAAUGUUUUUAAAUGCAUAUUUGAUACAUUUCAAUUAAUAUUCAUGAGUAUACAAAUGAGCUGAAAAACUCUUAAUUAAUAUUUAUGAAGAACAUUAUUCCAAAUUCCAAAUAUCUUACUAUCUGAAAAUAUGAUUUAUAUUUGAGAAAUAUAGAUAUUGUCAGUUUUUUAAUAUUUGUUUUUUUUUAAUGAUUAAUAUACCCCACCAACUUUUGACAGUAUUUACUCUUGCAAACAAUAAAUAAUGCUACAAACAGAUAUAUAUUUAUAUAAAGUAAUGUUUCAAAUGUAAUACUGCUUAUUUUUGUCCAUUUAUAAACACAAAUAGUGAAGAUUUGAUCUUUGUAUUAUUUGAAAAUAACAUUUUUAUUGAAUUAUCUGCCCAAUUUUUAAGUUUUCAUGAAUAUUCAUAAGUAUGUAAAUGAGAAAAUAUUUGAUUAAGUGUUUGUAAAUAAAUGUACAAAGCCCUA